CGUUAUCUGCCGAAUUCUCAAUGCUUCCGGGGUCAGGGUGCGGUGGUAGGCGAUGCGUGCAAUCGAUGCUCUGCAAUCGGGACAGCGAUUUACGACCGUGAUGCCUAGCACGAUGCCAAAGGAGCGGCUGAGAUGCGAUAUCUCGAAAAAAGAGUGGAUGGAAGCGCGAAACUGCGACGGCGUUCGAAGAAGCAAGAAGGAAAGGAGAGACAGAUAAAUGGUGUGUCGAAAAGAGAGACGACCCAAGAUUGGAGAGCAGGGGGGCCAGGAAAUGAGCCUGGAAGCGUGCUAAUAAAUCCCGGCUCAAUUUGUGCUCUCGCCUUGGCCCCCGGGCACGCAGGUCCCAAUCGCCUCUCAUUGGCCUUUGGGAUCAAGGUUGGCCCCGCCGCCACGAUUGGCACUAAGCCGGUCUCUUGCCGGUUGGCACCCACGGCACCCACGCCAUCUGCGGGAAGCGUCAAUCAAUCAGCGCCCAUUUCGGCCAACAGCUUGUUUUGUCCCGGCUCACGCGCACAGCCAACGUGUUGCUUGCUGGAUCCAUAGUGCCACGCAAGCCGGGACUAAUGCGGACUUGGCCAGCUUUUCAGGCACAUCUGCCAGGCACGACCCGGUCGUGGACGUCAACAAGUGCUGCUGAUCUCGGAAGUUUCCACCGCAUUCCUUGCAGGCCAUGGCCCAGAUGCGCUUGCGCGAGUUUCCUGGCCGCGUUGCUCCCGUAGCGCAUUUGGCGGACCGAGGCGUA